AUGAGCUCCCAGGGAUUUUCUUUCCCGCCUCCGCCGCCUCCACCACCCGCAACUAGUCAGGCACCGGCUCACAACCCGACCCAACAUGGACAGAAUUGGGACGGACACGGUGGAAAUGGCGGAGGACGCGGCGGAGGUCAGAGGGGACGUGGAAGAGGACAAGGCAACCGAGGUCGAGGAGGAAAUCACGCAGAAAGUGGACGAGCGACGUCGUAUCUUCCUCCUACAAGUUUUAAUUACGCGCAACCAAUGUAUGGCGGAUAUCCUCAACCUCUUCCCACCGCACCUUAUAUGCCUCCCCAACCAUACCACCACGGACAAACGCCGGCCUUCCAGAACCCUCAAAACCCACCUUCAUUUUCGCAUCAACCAUAUCCUCAGUCGGUAGCUUCGGGGAACUAUCAACACUACAAUACGCCCACCAACCUUCCUACACCUUACCCUCCGACACCUCCAACGUACAUGCAGGGCUUACCAACACCUCCCCAUGGCCAUCCACCAAACACCCAACCAAUGAUGCCCCCCAUGUCAUGGCAAGGUGCGGCGCCAUAUAUGGGAGCCCAACCAGGGCAAGCACGAGGGCCACGAGGUCCUCAUGCGCAUGGCAAUCAGGGCCAGAAACCCAGGCCUGCCCAGAAGCGAGAUCACUCAUCUGCAUUCAACAAGCCUCAAUUAGUUGUACCUAGGACUCCCGCUGCGCCUGCCGUCCCAAGCUUCGGCAACCCUCUGCCCUCAAAGCCACCACCUGCCGCAGACUCCACCGCAAACAGAAAAUCGAAAAAGAGAAAAAGGAAACACAACCAACUCGGACUGACUCCUCAUACCGAAGAUCACGAGUCAAGCGAGGAAGAGCCGGAUGAAGAUGAAGAAUCGAAGUUAGCGCAAAGUGGAUCUGACGCUGCACCACUUCAGGUCUCCUACAAAGGCAAAACGUCUACGCUACAGACGUCAGCCGAUAUUGCCGCUUGGAUUGCAGAGCGGAAGAAGAAGUUCCCAACUCAAGCUCGGGUCGAAGAAAAGAAGAAGGCGCUAGACGAGGCAAAGGUAGCCCGCGAGGCAACCCGUCAACAAAAGCAAAAGGAACAACAGGAAAAGCGAAAGGAACACAUACAAAAACAAAACGAACACAAGACAGAUCCCGCGCCAGAUGCGACGACAAACGCGCAGCGCAGGGAGAAGAUUCGGCGCAACCUUGAGCGAGAGGAGAAAAGAAUCCAAAAGGCCAUGGCUGAGACCGAAGCUGCUCGUCUCCGAAUGGAAGCUCUACAGAAGGAGGCAUUGAGCUUAAGUGCAGACUUUGACCAAGACGAAGAUACGGGUAUCACACCCCGCCCGGGACACCCAGCCCUGGACCCAGUUAUCAAAACCGAACCUGAACCCGCAAACGCGGUGCCAGAGCCAGCCAUAAAAACCGAACCCGAAGACGCGAUCCCGGAGCCCGUCAUUCAAACUGAACCCGAAACCGCAGUGCCAGCAGCAACCAUACACACCGAGCCUCUUGGCCCAAUUCCAGAGCCCGCUCAAUCAGCCGUCCCGGCUUCCCACACUACAGAGGCGCAGAGAGAUCUUGGAUUGUUGCCGGAGUCGUACAAUCCCGAGGACACACUCGAGACUCAGCAACACACCGACCAUGAAUUGGAUGACAUAGACCUCGCUUCCGAUCACGAGGCCAGUGAUUGGACGUCCUCGGGCGCUUCCGACCUAGAUUCCGACUCCGACUCUGACAGCGACGACUCGCCAGAGCAAGCAACUUCACGUCGCACGGGGCCAGAGCGAGUGCCGCCCCCACCCCGCGAAGGCAAAAAGACUGUCUGCCGUUACUUUGCACGUAAUGGGCACUGUAACCGUGGCGAGCAGUGUAAAUUCCUUCAUGAGAAUGACUCUGAACGAACGUCGAAGGCUAAGGCAAAGCCCACGGAAAAGAAGGAGAAAGAGCCAAAACGCAAGGGACUCUAUCAAGCUUUGCUGGACCGACAGAAGACAGACGACGACCGCCGGGCAAUGGAAGUGAUCUUCUGGUUAGGUCAGAACGAUAUGUUGGCGGAUUGA